AUGAUAAAGAAUCAAAUUAUGAAUAAGGAAAAGGGCAAUACUUAUAAAUUGCAUAUAGAAUUAAGCUGAAUUAUGUCUGCUUCAAAUAUGAACAUUCUGUGUGUAAUAUUUUUAUUUGUCGCUUUUACGUCGGCUAAUCAUUUCCGUGGAGGUACUAUAAGCUGGAAACCAAUAGGAAAACAGAAUGAAGUAGAAUUUACUUUCAAACUCGGUUGGGCUCUUACGAGAGGUCCCGGAUGUGAUGAAACAAUGGUGGGAAAAUAUGUGAACAAUCUGCCAAGGAGUGAUGCAUGGUAUUGUUCAAGGGGAUGUGGACCAACUAAAGUUUGGUUAUCUGAUGUAAAUUAUAUUUGCACAGCUGCAAGCAAAGCCCAAAACUGGGAGCAAGGGGAAAAAAGCUUCAAGUAUACGUUCCCUAACGAAGGACCAUUUACUGUUGAAUUUACUGGCGGAGCGUGGAUUGCCCUUGACUUUGGAACUGGUGGUAACUGGAAUAUUUCUACAGUUGUAGACCUACGGGUUAGAAAUGACACUGGAAGGUCGAAUACGAGUCCAUUUGCAGCAGCGAAACCAAUUUACAGUAUGAAAUUUGGUUGCACGAACACAAUUCAAUUACCUGUAAAUGAUCAGGACGGGGACAAAGUCACAUGUAGAUGGUCGGUAGACCAAGAGUGUGCAUCAGUUUGUAACGCUUUGCCAUAUGCAAUGAUUGAUCCUGACACGUGUUCUCUGACAGUGUCUGCUAAACAUACACGGUUUGGUUGGUACGCGGUGGCUAUAACAAUUGAGGACAGGGCCAGACAAACUAUUUCGCUCAAUAAUGAUUCAGUUAUAAUGGAAGACGAUGUUAUAUCAAGCGUACCUAUGCAGUUUUUGAUAAACACGCCUGCUAUACCUUCCCGAUCAUGUUCAGACAAACCUGUAUUUGUAUCACCAACACCACCAGAAUCUCAGAUAUUCAUACUGACACCUGGAAAGACACUUACCACAAGCUUUUAUGCUACAUCAAAGGGCGCAAGCAUCACAUCAUUUGAGCUAACUGCACCACCAGGGGUAAGGAAGUCAAGCAUUCAGACUGUACCUGGACGUCCUGGUGUUUACAAAUUUACAGUUACAUGGACACCAAGACAGCAGAACAAAGGACAACGUGCUCUUUGCGCUGAGGCUACGGACUCGUUCGUGAUUAGCAGUGACUCUCAUUGUCUGACAGUUGUUGCAUGGGAUAUUGAUCCGUGCAAGAGCACACCAUGUCAGCACGGUGGAAAUUGCACGAGGACUGGAUAUACAGAUAACUUUGUCUGUACGUGUGUCCCUGGCUACACUGAUGCACUUUGUCAGACAGAUAUAAACGAGUGUGCAAGUGAUCCCUGCCAGAAUAACGCCACGUGUUUUGAUCUCAUCAAUGAAUUCUUCUGUGGCUGCGUAACCGGGUUCACUGGAGAACAAUGCGAAACAGACAUCAACGAAUGUGCUAGUAUGAAAUGUUUGAACGGGGGAACAUGUGAGGACCUUAUAGGGGAAGGUGUUUGUCAUUGUCUACCAAGCUUUACUGGAACACUCUGUCAAACAGGCUUGGAUUAUUGCGCCUCUCUUCCAUGUUUGAAUAAUGGCGGCUGCUACAGUAACACAUCUGGUUAUAUAUGUUCUUGUGUAGACGGCUGGCACGGAAUAAACUGCGCUUACAGAGACGAAGAAAUGAAUUAUACUGGCACAAUGUUAAUGAUGUACGAACACAUGCAUUAUUCGAGUUGCAGUUGCCUUUUUGGUAACGAACGCCGCCAGAUAUGUUAUCCCUAUAACAAAGCUAAAGGGGUAGGCUUUGGUACCCUUGGAACAGCCCUUGGCGUUGCAACGAGUGUUCUGCUAUACAUUCUUUUCGAAGGUGUAUUUGGAAAAGGCUUGGCGUGCUUUCACAAAAUUCGUCAGCUUACACCUGCAAGACCAAAACUGAACACUUCGGCGAUUCCCGAUGUAUUCAAAAGAAAUUACGGAACGUAUGGAACAGCAAUGGAAACAGACAAUUAUGAGUCUGAUGAAAAGGCUUGUGGGCAGGUUGCGCACAGUUUUCUGUCACGUGGUACCUACCAUAAUCGUAAAUGCUGGGCAUGCAGAACUAAAGAAGAGAAAGCAAACAAACCAGUUACUACACACGAGUUUCUCCGAAAAUAUUCAGGCUUGAAAAACAUACCUGAAGGCUGCACCACAACGAUUUCCGUUCCACUUCAAGACGUUGAUGACGACGUCAUCAAAUGUCGCUGGGCGUCAAAUGGUGAAUGCGGAGAUAUGUGUGAUAAUGUAACGAACACUUUACCAAGUGGAACACUGAACCAACCCUGCUCGCUAACAGUAGACGCCAAAACAGCAAACGGGUACUCUGCAGGAUCAUACUACCUUGUGGCUCUGACGAUAGAAGAUUUUCCGGCGGGUCCUAUAUCUCUGGAUGGUGUGACUGUACCACUGAACCGACCUCUUAGCUCAGUUCCACUCCAGUUUUUGAUAUAUGUUGAAAACGCAACAACAUCCUGCACCAGUAACCCAGUAUUUAUUGACACACCGGCAGAUGGCUCGGAAUAUAUCGUAACAAACUCUAGCACGUGGUCACAGAGGGUUUAUGUUCAGGGUAAAAGCGGACAAAAGCCGUCUGCUAUGACAUUGUCUGGUCCAAGGGGAAUGUCUGUGACAGCGUUUCAGCCGGAUGACUUAGGAAGAUCUUCUGUAAUGUAUGUUGACAUGAGCUGGACGCCUACGUCAGGAAUGAAUGGAAUAAACAUAGCUUGUUUUCAGGCCGUGGAUGAUACGGGAAAUCCAAGCCAGCAGAGAUGUUUCGUUCUCUUAACUGGCUAUCCAGAUCCUUGUGCGAGCAACCCAUGCAAGAAUGGUGGCCAAUGCGAUAUCGAGUUUACAAACUUCACAUGCACCUGUCCCACAGGAGUGUACGGGAAUUUUUGUCAGUAUGAUGUAGAUGAAUGCGUUCAGACACCGUGUGAGAAUGGAGGGCAGUGCUUCAACACUGUCGGUGAUUACAAAUGUUUUUGUAGACCUGGCUUUGCUGGAAAGAACUGCUCUGAUUCAGAUUAUUGUUCAUCCAAUCCGUGUCAAGGACGAGGAGAUUGUGUGCACAAUGUGACGUCAUUCUCAUGUGAUUGUUACCUUGGUUACAGUGGUAGCAGUUGUCAGAUAGAUGAAGAUAAUUGCACGAGUAACCCGUGCCAGAACGGUGCUGAGUGUACUGACUUGGUCGGAGGAUACUACUGUGAAUGUCCCCCACAAUAUACAGGACAGCAAUGCGAACAAGAAAUUGACUUUUGCGAUCCAUCACCUUGUCAGAACGGUGGAAUAUGCAGACGACAGAAGAAUGAUUACGUUUGCGACUGUCCUGAUGAUGUCAUUGGGCUGAACUGUGAAAUAUCAAUAGAACAGAUGUGUAAUGGCGACCAGUCUUAUUGCACAUGUCACGUGAACGGUGAACCAGUACGCGUUCCUAUACCAGAUCCCGUUGACGACGAGACGUACGAACGUGAUCUAAGAGCAGGCGUUAUCGGCUAUCCUGUCGGGCUUCUUAUCGGUGUGGGAUGCUGCGCACUGUUCCAUUACGUUUUACGUCCACGCUGUAGGCAGGAUGGGGGCCGUAAAGAUAGAAAAUUAUCCUCAACAGCGUCAACUGCAAGCUUCCUGUCAUCGUCGAGGUCAACUGUUUAUCCGACUGUAGCAUCGCCGCCCCCUAGUUAUUCGUCACUAGAUUGUAGAAGGGAGUCGAAUAUUUGAAGAACAAACUCUUUUUUUUUCAUCCGUAAUUUUUACAUAAUUAUUUUGACUCUUUUAAAUGUAAUCUAAUUAUACAUUAUAAGAGUUGUAGGCCAGUAAAUUUAUGAUCACGUCCAGAUUUAUAUACAUAUAUAUAUAUUUACAAACUGAUAUCCUUAUGUGAUUGUUAUAAUGAAUCUGAAAUAGAUACUUAUAUUUUAUACACAUUUAUUAGGUUCGUGUCUUUACUACACAGGUCUUUUAUCUCGCGCUUUUGGUGUACAUGUGCUAUUGGCGUUUUACGAAAUGAAAAUAUCAAAGUUAAGUCCUCACUGGAUACAAAAAUGUUGGAAAUACAUACCAUGAAAAAUACAUACAUGUAUGCACGAAAAAUCAAAAUUGAAAUUUCACACCUCAAAGCUAAAGUUUUGCCAAAAAGACUGUUGUCGUUAGAAAUCUGAUGAUGACCACUCUUUGAAACUGAAUGAACGAAAUCUUAGAUAAGACUUUUCCAAGAGGUCAGCUGACAUAGAUCGAGUAGUGCGUAGAAAAAUUUCGUAUUAUUUAUAUGCAUUAUACGAUUUAGUUCUGCUUAUUGUAGCUCUGUCACUAGAUUAUAAUAAAGAAGGAAAACACC